GGGAGCGUCUCCGAUUCUACUACAACAUAUGGUGCAAAUGUUACUGUAACUUGUGAUAACGGAUAUGACCUAUCCGCCUCAGCGGAAAUAACAUGUCAGGCUGACGGUACCUGGAAUGACAUUCCGACGUGUGUGGAAAAUGACUGCGGACGCUUAUCAAUUGCUAAUGCAAACGUUACCGUAUCUGAUGGAACAUUGCUGGGAGCAUCUGCUACAGUCGCCUGCAACGAUGGAUACACGUUAAAUGGACAAACCCAAUCAGUGUGUCUUUCGACUGGUUGGGAUCCAGUGGCAUCUUGUGACAUUAUAGAUUGUUUUGAUGUAUCCAUUGAACAUGGUACCGCUUCUUUAACGACUGGAACGACGUAUGGAGGACUCGCAUUCAUUUCAUGCGAUUUUGGUUACGUAAUGAUUGGAGAAAUAUACACCGUGUGCAAUGCUGACGGAAACUGGAGUUCCAUUCCCACCUGCUUGAGAGAUUGUGGCAGCCCGAAGCCAGAAAAUGGCCAAUCAAGCACACCAACUGGCACAACACUGGGUGAAGCUGCCACCAUAUCUUGCAAUGAAGGCUACACCGUCAGUGGUUCAAUUUACAUCAUCUGCAAUGAUGCCGGCUGGAAUGACACAACAAACUGCACAAUUCAAGAAUGCGACGACCCAUCUCCAAUAAAUGGCCUCGCUUCGUUACCGUCUGGUAAAACCUAUGAUAACACUGCUGUUAUUUCCUGUAAUGAUGGAUACAAGCUUGUUGGAAAUGAGCUGAUAGUGUGCAUAGACGGGCCAAAGUGGAGUUCCAGCCCAACAUGCGUAAAAGAUUGCGGAGACCCGUCGCCAAUGAAUGGUGUAGCAACGUUUAACUCUGGAACAACAUUAAAUCAGACGGCAUCAGUCACGUGCAAUACUGGCUACAACCUCACUGGACCAGAUUCUCUUACAUGUACAUCUGAUGGUUGGGAUGCAAAUGUAACAUGUACCAUUCAAGAUUGCGGCCAACUGUCGGUGCCAAAUGGUUUCGUGGAGGCUCCAGGAGGAACCGAAUAUGAAAAAUACGCAUUUGUCAUCUGCAAUGUCGGAUACCAGCUGGCCGGUAGCAUGUUCAUAAUAUGCCAGAACGGGCCGUCAUGGAGCGAUAUUCCAACAUGCGAUAUCAAGGAUUGCGGAGAUCCUACACCAGUGAAUGGGAGCGUCUCCGAUUCUACUACAACAUAUGGUGCAAAUGUUACUGUAACUUGUGAUAACGGAUAUGACCUAUCCGCCUCAGCGGAAAUAACAUGUCAGGCUGACGGUACCUGGAAUGACAUUCCGACGUGUGUGGAAAAUGACUGCGGACGCUUAUCAAUUGCUAAUGCAAACGUUACCGUAUCUGAUGGAACAUUGCUGGGAGCAUCUGCUACAGUCGCCUGCAACGAUGGAUACACGUUAAAUGGACAAACCCAAUCAGUGUGUCUUUCGACUGGUUGGGAUCCAGUGGCAUCUUGUGACAUUAUAGAUUGUUAUGAUGUAUCCAUUGAACAUGGUACCGCUUCUUUAACGACUGGAACGACGUAUGGAGGACUCGCAUUCAUUUCAUGCGAUUUUGGUUACGUAAUGAUUGGAGAAAUAUACACCGUGUGCAAUGCUGACGGAAACUGGAGUUCCAUUCCCACCUGCUUGAGAGAUUGUGGCAGCCCGAAGCCAGAAAAUGGCCAAUCAAGCACACCAACUGGCACAACACUGGGUGAAGCUGCCACCAUAUCUUGCAAUGAAGGCUACACCGUCAGUGGUUCAAUUUACAUCAUCUGCAAUGAUGCCGGCUGGAAUGACACAACAAACUGCACAAUUCAAGAAUGCGACGACCCAUCUCCAAUAAAUGGCCUCGCUUCGUUACCGUCUGGUAAAACCUAUGAUAACACUGCUGUUAUUUCCUGUAAUGAUGGAUACAAGCUUGUUGGAAAUGAGCUGAUAGUGUGCAUAGACGGGCCAAAGUGGAGUUCCAGCCCAACAUGCGUAAAAGAUUGCGGAGACCCGUCGCCAAUGAAUGGUGUAGCAACGUUUAACUCUGGAACAACAUUAAAUCAGACGGCAUCAGUCACGUGCAAUACUGGCUACAACCUCACUGGACCAGAUUCUCUUACAUGUACAUCUGAUGGUUGGGAUGCAAAUGUAACAUGUACCAUUCAAGAUUGCGGCCAACUGUCGGUGCCAAAUGGUUUCGUGGAGGCUCCAGGAGGAACCGAAUAUGAAAAAUACGCAUUUGUCAUCUGCAAUGUCGGAUACCAGCUGGCCGGUAGCAUGUUCAUAAUAUGCCAGAACGGGCCGUCAUGGAGCGAUAUUCCAACAUGCGAUAUCAAGGAUUGCGGAGAUCCUACACCAGUGAAUGGGAGCGUCUCCGAUUCUACUACAACAUAUGGUGCAAAUGUUACUGUAACUUGUGAUAACGGAUAUGACCUAUCCGCCUCAGCGGAAAUAACAUGUCAGGCUGACGGUACCUGGAAUGACAUUCCGACGUGUGUGGAAAAUGACUGCGGACGCUUAUCAAUUGCUAAUGCAAACGUUACCGUAUCUGAUGGAACAUUGCUGGGAGCAUCUGCUACAGUCGCCUGCAACGAUGGAUACACGUUAAAUGGACAAACCCAAUCAGUGUGUCUUUCGACUGGUUGGGAUCCAGUGGCAUCUUGUGACAUUAUAGAUUGUUUUGAUGUAUCCAUUGAACAUGGUACCGCUUCUUUAACGACUGGAACGACGUAUGGAGGACUCGCAUUCAUUUCAUGCGAUUUUGGUUACGUAAUGAUUGGAGAAAUAUACACCGUGUGCAAUGCUGACGGAAACUGGAGUUCCAUUCCCACCUGCUUGAGAGAUUGUGGCAGCCCGAAGCCAGAAAAUGGCCAAUCAAGCACACCAACUGGCACAACACUGGGUGAAGCUGCCACCAUAUCUUGCAAUGAAGGCUACACCGUCAGUGGUUCAAUUUACAUCAUCUGCAAUGAUGCCGGCUGGAAUGACACAACAAACUGCACAAUUCAAGAAUGCGACGACCCAUCUCCAAUAAAUGGCCUCGCUUCGUUACCGUCUGGUAAAACCUAUGAUAACACUGCUGUUAUUUCCUGUAAUGAUGGAUACAAGCUUGUUGGAAAUGAGCUGAUAGUGUGCAUAGACGGGCCAAAGUGGAGUUCCAGCCCAACAUGCGUAAAAGAUUGCGGAGACCCGUCGCCAAUGAAUGGUGUAGCAACGUUUAACUCUGGAACAACAUUAAAUCAGACGGCAUCAGUCACGUGCAAUACUGGCUACAACCUCACUGGACCAGAUUCUCUUACAUGUACAUCUGAUGGUUGGGAUGCAAAUGUAACAUGUACCAUUCAAGAUUGCGGCCAACUGUCGGUGCCAAAUGGUUUCGUGGAGGCUCCAGGAGGAACCGAAUAUGAAAAAUACGCAUUUGUCAUCUGCAAUGUCGGAUACCAGCUGGCCGGUAGCAUGUUCAUAAUAUGCCAGAACGGGCCGUCAUGGAGCGAUAUUCCAACAUGCGAUAUCAAGGAUUGCGGAGAUCCUACACCAGUGAAUGGGAGCGUCUCCGAUUCUACUACAACAUAUGGUGCAAAUGUUACUGUAACUUGUGAUAACGGAUAUGACCUAUCCGCCUCAGCGGAAAUAACAUGUCAGGCUGACGGUACCUGGAAUGACAUUCCGACGUGUGUGGAAAAUGACUGCGGACGCUUAUCAAUUGCUAAUGCAAACGUUACCGUAUCUGAUGGAACAUUGCUGGGAGCAUCUGCUACAGUCGCCUGCAACGAUGGAUACACGUUAAAUGGACAAACCCAAUCAGUGUGUCUUUCGACUGGUUGGGAUCCAGUGGCAUCUUGUGACAUUAUAGAUUGUUUUGAUGUAUCCAUUGAACAUGGUACCGCUUCUUUAACGACUGGAACGACGUAUGGAGGACUCGCAUUCAUUUCAUGCGAUUUUGGUUACGUAAUGAUUGGAGAAAUAUACACCGUGUGCAAUGCUGACGGAAACUGGAGUUCCAUUCCCACCUGCUUGAGAGAUUGUGGCAGCCCGAAGCCAGAAAAUGGCCAAUCAAGCACACCAACUGGCACAACACUGGGUGAAGCUGCCACCAUAUCUUGCAAUGAAGGCUACACCGUCAGUGGUUCAAUUUACAUCAUCUGCAAUGAUGCCGGCUGGAAUGACACAACAAACUGCACAAUUCAAGAAUGCGACGACCCAUCUCCAAUAAAUGGCCUCGCUUCGUUACCGUCUGGUAAAACCUAUGAUAACACUGCUGUUAUUUCCUGUAAUGAUGGAUACAAGCUUGUUGGAAAUGAGCUGAUAGUGUGCAUAGACGGGCCAAAGUGGAGUUCCAGCCCAACAUGCGUAAAAGAUUGCGGAGACCCGUCGCCAAUGAAUGGUGUAGCAACGUUUAACUCUGGAACAACAUUAAAUCAGACGGCAUCAGUCACGUGCAAUACUGGCUACAACCUCACUGGACCAGAUUCUCUUACAUGUACAUCUGAUGGUUGGGAUGCAAAUGUAACAUGUACCAUUCAAGAUUGCGGCCAACUGUCGGUGCCAAAUGGUUUCGUGGAGGCUCCAGGAGGAACCGAAUAUGAAAAAUACGCAUUUGUCAUCUGCAAUGUCGGAUACCAGCUGGCCGGUAGCAUGUUCAUAAUAUGCCAGAACGGGCCGUCAUGGAGCGAUAUUCCAACAUGCGAUAUCAAGGAUUGCGGAGAUCCUACACCAGUGAAUGGGAGCGUCUCCGAUUCUACUACAACAUAUGGUGCAAAUGUUACUGUAACUUGUGAUAACGGAUAUGACCUAUCCGCCUCAGCGGAAAUAACAUGUCAGGCUGACGGUACCUGGAAUGACAUUCCGACGUGUGUGGAAAAUGACUGCGGACGCUUAUCAAUUGCUAAUGCAAACGUUACCGUAUCCGAUGGAACAUUGCUGGGAGCAUCUGCUACAGUCGCCUGCAACGAUGGAUACACGUUAAAUGGACAAACCCAAUCAGUGUGUCUUUCGACUGGUUGGGAUCCAGUGGCAUCUUGUGACAUUAUAGAUUGUUAUGAUGUAUCCAUUGAACAUGGUACCGCUUCUUUAACGACUGGAACGACGUAUGGAGGACUCGCAUUCAUUUCAUGCGAUUUUGGUUACGUAAUGAUUGGAGAAAUAUACACCGUGUGCAAUGCUGACGGAAACUGGAGUUCCAUUCCCACCUGCUUGAGAGAUUGUGGCAGCCCGAAGCCAGAAAAUGGCCAAUCAAGCACACCAACUGGCACAACACUGGGUGAAGCUGCCACCAUAUCUUGCAAUGAAGGCUACACCGUCAGUGGUUCAAUUUACAUCAUCUGCAAUGAUGCCGGCUGGAAUGACACAACAAACUGCACAAUUCAAGAAUGCGACGACCCAUCUCCAAUAAAUGGCCUCGCUUCGUUACCGUCUGGUAAAACCUAUGAUAACACUGCUGUUAUUUCCUGUAAUGAUGGAUACAAGCUUGUUGGAAAUGAGCUGAUAGUGUGCAUAGACGGGCCAAAGUGGAGUUCCAGCCCAACAUGCGUAAAAGAUUGCGGAGACCCGUCGCCAAUGAAUGGUGUAGCAACGUUUAACUCUGGAACAACAUUAAAUCAGACGGCAUCAGUCACGUGCAAUACUGGCUACAACCUCACUGGACCAGAUUCUCUUACAUGUACAUCUGAUGGUUGGGAUGCAAAUGUAACAUGUACCAUUCAAGAUUGCGGCCAACUGUCGGUGCCAAAUGGUUUCGUGGAGGCUCCAGGAGGAACCGAAUAUGAAAAAUACGCAUUUGUCAUCUGCAAUGUCGGAUACCAGCUGGCCGGUAGCAUGUUCAUAAUAUGCCAGAACGGGCCGUCAUGGAGCGAUAUUCCAACAUGCGAUAUCAAGGAUUGCGGAGAUCCUACACCAGUGAAUGGGAGCGUCUCCGAUUCUACUACAACAUAUGGUGCAAAUGUUACUGUAACUUGUGAUAACGGAUAUGACCUAUCCGCCUCAGCGGAAAUAACAUGUCAGGCUGACGGUACCUGGAAUGACAUUCCGACGUGUGUGGAAAAUGACUGCGGACGCUUAUCAAUUGCUAAUGCAAACGUUACCGUAUCCGAUGGAACAUUGCUGGGAGCAUCUGCUACAGUCGCCUGCAACGAUGGAUACACGUUAAAUGGACAAACCCAAUCAGUGUGUCUUUCGACUGGUUGGGAUCCAGUGGCAUCUUGUGACAUAAUAGAUUGUUUUGAUGUAUCCAUUGAACAUGGUACCGCUUCUUUAACGACUGGAACGACGUAUGGAGGACUCGCAUUCAUUUCAUGCGAUUUUGGUUACGUAAUGAUUGGAGAAAUAUACACCGUGUGCAAUGCUGACGGAAACUGGAGUUCCAUUCCCACCUGCUUGAGAGAUUGUGGCAGUCCGAAGCCAGAAAAUGGCCAAUCAAGCACACCAACUGGCACAACACUGGGUGAAGCUGCCACCAUAUCUUGCAAUGAAGGCUACACCGUCAGUGGUUCAAUCUACAUCAUCUGCAAUGAUGCCGGCUGGAAUGACACAACAAACUGCACAGUUCAAGAAUGCGACGACCCAUCUCCAAUAAAUGGCCUCGCUUCGUUACCGUCUGGUAAAACCUAUGAUAACACUGCCGUUAUUUCCUGUAAUGAUGGAUACAAGCUUGUUGGAAAUGAGCUGAUAGUGUGCAUAGACGGGCCAAAGUGGAGUUCCAGCCCAACAUGCGUAAAAGACUGUGGAGACCCAUCUCCUGAAAAUGGUGAUGCUUUGACAUCUGGUGGAACGAUAUACGGACAAACGGCGACGUUGGCUUGCAAUUCGGGAUACGACAUAAGCGGUGCCUCGGUUUUAAUAUGUGAGCUUGAUGGCUGGAAUGACACGGCAACAUGCACCAUCCAAGAAUGUUCCGACCCGUCGCCGCAAAAUGGUACGGCUCUUUAUCCAAAGGGAAAGUCGUUCGGAGAAGUAGCAUAUGUAUCCUGUGACGAUGGCUACAUUUUACAAGGCGACGAACAAAUAACAUGCCUAGCUGGUCCAUUGUGGAAUACGAUUCCGGAAUGUUUAAAAGAUUGCGGUGACCCUACACCUGUGAACGGCUAUGUCAUGGAUUUGACUGGAACAACAUUCGGCCAGACAGCAACCGUCGGUUGCAAUUCAGGAUACAACAUUAGCGGACCGUCAUCUUUAACAUGUUCUCAUAAUGGAUGGAGCGACGCUCCAACAUGCGAUUUACAAGAUUGUGGUUCACUCGUCAUCGCAAAUGGAACAGUGGAGUCGCCUAGAGGUUCGAAAUACGGGGAAGUUGCAAUUGUUUCUUGUGACGUCGGUUUCGAAAGAAGUGGAAGUUCGUUCAUUACAUGCGGCAAUGGUCCUUACUGGAGCGAUAUUCCCGAUUGUACAAUCAAGGAUUGUGGCGACUUCAACAUUCUGCUUGGACAUGUGAACAGUUCUGAAACAGUAUAUGGUUCUGUUCUCGCCGUUACUUGCGACACAGGACAUGUCAUUUCGGGACCGUCUGUAGUAAGCUGUACAGCUGAUGGCGCCUGGAGCUAUUCUCCAACAUGUUCCCCUGACGACUGUGGACAGCUAUCAAUACCGAAUGCAAAUGUGAGCAUACCAUAUGGGACAGUGUAUGGGGCAAACGCCACGAUAUAUUGUCAUGAAGGAUUCGAUUUGGAUGGCCCUCCUUAUUUGGAGUGUUUGCUAUCAGGAUGGAGCGCAAGUUCUUCCUGUUUAAUUCAAGACUGCGGUAACCCAUCCCCCGCCAAUGGAAUAGCUGAGCUACCAAAAGGCAGUACAUAUGAUGAAAUAGCGAUCAUAUCAUGCUACGAGGGAUAUAAAUUGAUUGGACAUUCACAUAUUGUGUGCACUGAUGGCCCAUCAUGGAGUUCGUUGCCUACAUGUCUAAGAGACUGUGGAGACCCAACGCCCCUCAACGGCUUUGCGGACACUUCACUCGGCACUACUGAACAUACCACUGCGACAAUCUCGUGUAAUCCGGGAUAUAAUAUUAAUGGUCCGUCAAAUAUCACCUGUCAAGACACAGGAUGGGACGCACUGGCUACAUGUGAUAUCCAAGACUGUGGUGAUCCAACGCCAGCAAAUGGGCAGUCCGACACACCAAAGGGAACCCAGUUUGGAUCGUAUGCCGUGAUCACGUGCUCAUCAGGCUACGUUCUUGUAGGCGACGACAGUUUUAUACAUUGUCUUGAUGGUCCAAUAUGGAGUAGCUACCCAAUAUGUAUCCGAGACUGUGGAGACCCAACUCCUGAAAACGGCUUGGCAGUCACUUCUCUUGGAACUACAUUAAACAACACGGCGACAAUAGCAUGUAAUCCCGGAUACAAUAUAAGUGGCCCGACAUUGACCACCUGUGAAGACAGCGGCUGGGACGCACUCCCGACAUGCAUCAUGCAAGACUGUGGUGAUCCCACGCCAGAUAAUGGGCUAUCCGACACGCCACAGAAAACCCUGUUUGGAUCUACUGCCGUGGUCACGUGUACACCUGGCUACGUUCUUGUAGGCGACGACAGUCUGAUACAUUGUCUUGAUGGUCCAAAAUGGAGUAGCUACCCAAUAUGUAUCCGAGAUUGUGGAGACCCUACCCCACUCAACGGUAACGCUGACACUUCAAUGGGCACCACUGAAAACCAGACGGCGACUAUAUCGUGUAACCCGGGGUACAAUAUCAAUGGCUCGUCUGUUAUCACAUGUGCAGACAGUGGUUGGGAUGGUCUUCCAUCUUGUGACAUUCAAGAUUGCGGUGCCCUACCAUUGUCCAAUGGCGUUCUUAACAUACCAGAUGGUACAACUUUCGAAGCAUCUGCCUAUGUGACUUGCAACGACAACUAUGUUCUUGUCGGAAACAGUGCCAUCAAAUGUCUCCGUGGUCCUAUAUGGAGUGAAUUUCCGUUCUGUAUCAGGGACUGUAGAGACCCAGCCCCUCUCCACGGAUAUGCAGACACUACACUCGGCACUACUGAAAAUAAAACAGCGACAAUAACAUGCAAUCCGGGAUACAACAUCAGUGGACCGUCCGUUAUCACCUGUAAAGAUAGUGGUUGGGAUACUCUUCCGACUUGUGUUAUUCAAGACUGUGGUGACCCGUCACCCGCUAACGGGUCCGCAAAUAACCCGAAAGGCACUACAUACGGCGAGGUUGCACUGAUAGUUUGUGAUGAAGGCUUUGUUAUCAAUGGUCAGACAUUGAUUACUUGUAAUCCAGGAUCAACAUGGAGUUCAUACCCGAUAUGUGUUUCUAUUGAUUGUGAUGACCCCGCGCCUGUUCACGGACAGUCGGACACGCCCGAAGGAACGACGCUUGGCUCUGUGGCAGGUGUCAGUUGUGAUACUGGUUAUGACCUGAUCGGAGAUACCAUCAUCACCUGUGAACUAGGACCAACUUGGAGUGUGGUUCCCCAAUGCAUCAGAAACUGUGGGACUCCUUCAAUUGAAUUGGGAACAGUAACACCAGUGAACGGGACAUUAUUUGAAGCAGUAGCGAACGUUAUUUGCAAUGUUGGAUACGAAAAUUCAGGCAUUGACACACAGUUCACGUGCAAGCACGAUGGAUGGACAGGCAACGCAAAAUGUGAAAUAUUAGACUGCGGAGAUCCGAAACCAUCCAAUGGCACAGCUACUCUUCCGGACGGAACGGAAUACGGGGCAAUAGCAAUUAUAAACUGUGAUGAUGGAUUUCGUUUGCUAGGCGAUUCGUUGAUCAAAUGUGUUGCUACUGGUGAAUGGAGCGAGGCACCGACUUGUGUAACGACUUCAACCUCUCCUGAAUCUUCAACAGCAUCACCUGAAACGCAAACCCAGACGGAUUCAACAUUCAACUUCGAGACUACUUUAAUAUUUGGACUGAUACUUGGCCUUUUCGUGCUAAUCGCCGCCAUCAUAGCCGCUGUGUGCUGGUAUACCAAGCGGUGUAAACAGAACAAGGGAGAGCCUGAACGGAUCAACGAGAAUGAGUUUGCCGGGCACGAACCCCAUGGUGAUUGGUCGGAUGACGAUGAUUUCUAUCCACCCGACCUUCUUACCCAUCCACCACCAAACAGCCGUGAAGCUCUGCCACCAAUGUUUUUUUCCCACAAAAGCAAUGUCAACGUCGUCCCGCCUAUGACAAAGAAGUCAGUUCCUGAUGAUGUGAAGGCUGCUGCUGGGACGGGUUCGCAGCAUCCGACUCCAUCUAAGAUAUUUGGAAAGCGGAAAGGUUUGCCUCCAGUUCCUUCUGAUGUUCGACAAAUGCAUGACAACUUUGCGCCUAUACCGGGGGGAAAUGUCUCGCCCAUCGAGCGCAUGCCUAUUACUGGUGAAAUUAAUGCUCCUGUGGAUGAAAUUGAGGAACCCAACCGAACGAAUAAACCUCUGGAGGUUAACACUCUCAGUACUGAUUUAGAGCGCGGUGAUUCGUCUGUAAUUUUAACCACUGCGAGCGUUGAAACACAGCGAUUUGUCCGUGAGAACAAUCCAAAAACUACUCCAAUAAAGCAGGCAGGGGCUAAGCCAUCUGAAAAAGUUAAAACAGCAAGGAAAAAUCUACAGACCUCGACCAAACCCAAGAAUAUCAUUAAAACUGCAACAAAAGUGGCAAUUCCUACUAAAGUAAAGGCUAAAAAAAAGACUGAUGUGGAUAAGUCUACAAAAAAGAAUGAGCAUAGAGACACAAUCAUUGAUAUAGAAGGAAGCGACAAACCGCAUCUUGCAGCGUCAAUAGUAAUUCCAGCCAAUGAUGUACAUAAUGAACAUUUUCCGUCCGGAACACCUCCCCUUUCACUAAAACCACCCACGCCGUUAUCUGAUCCUCCUGUGAACAACCAGACUCCAGUAUUUACAAAGUGUGACACACCCGAGACAAUCGUUUCUCAUCUGCAAAAUACACCUGACGAAAGCAUUAAACUGACUGAUGGUGCCGAUGCCUUUUAUGAUCUUGAUACGAGCAAGGUUGAAUGCGUGAACUCCGCUGGAAGUAAGCUUAGUAUUUCACCGUCGAUUCUGAAACAGGCAGAAGACAAACCGCCGAUCGCGCCUUCACUCCAAAUAUCAACACCUACACCGGUGUCUACACCUACACCUAUACAAAAGGUUGGUGAUAAGAAACACCUCAGAGUUCCCACUCCCGAAGCAUCUGGUCUGAAUGAUGCGCCGAGAAUUCAAACACAGAUUGAACGAAUCGGCUUGUCGCGAACAGCGAGCAUCUCUUCAAAAGCCCCUCAGACAAUGCCAUCCGUCGAGAAUGUUUUGCUGGUUGAACCGACAUCGUCGUCAAACUCGGACAAGGGUCCUGAUUCAGACUAUUAUCCUGAAAGUAAAGAUGAGAGCAAGGAUAAUUACUCCUACUCUGAUACUUUCUCUUCUUCAACCGACAUUGAGAUGGCUGCACCUAAACCUAAGAAGAACUUUUUGUUUGAAGAACCUGAUCCUUUCAAGAGUAUUCCGGUUAAGCAUGACACAUCAAGGCUUUUGCAACAUGACCAUGUGAUGGAUAAAAUCUCACCGGAAAGGACUCCGAAAUCCUCCAAGUCCACUGCUGGUCCUCGUCGGACAGAAGCGUCCUCGCGAUUACUGACGUCGUCCUAUGGACCUAGAACCGAAUCUGUAAAGGUCUACAAUCCUGGCACUGAGAAGAAAACGAAGGAGAGUUCUAAAACCAAAGAAAAGAAGAAGCUGGAGAAUGAACUAAGAAAGGCAGAAACAAAGCGGAAGAGAAACGUUAGAAUGAACGCGAUGUCAACCGUGUACGGGAAAACGCAUAAGGUUGAAAAACCUCCAAAACACUAGUCUGCAAACGACUUUUGAAAUUGACUUUUUAAUAAUGCCAUUAUUGAUUUUGAAUUGUGUUACGAUAUUCGAAACACAGUAAUAUGGGUUUUCUUGUUAAUUAUGUCCUAUAUAUAUAUAUAUAUAUUUAUAUGUGUGUUGAUCUUUACCGUCCGAUAUGAUAUUAUUAACGCUAUCUCUCUUCAAUCCGUCCAUAUAUAUUUAUAUCAAAACCGAAUAAUUAUACAUUGUGAUAUAUAUUUUGUUAUAAAUGACCGAUCGAUAAAUAAUUUGCAUCUUGAACUAAUUAGAAAUGUGAUAUUUUCAAGUGCAUUUUCUACCUUUUGUAUUUAACUCUUUUUACUUUUUACCCUUUUUUUAUUAGUUUUGAAAAUAAA